AUGCCAGUUUUGGACGGAGCCAUUCCAGUGGCUCAAGCUCCUCCAGGCCUUGGAAGCAUCGGUGCCGACAGAAGCAAUCAAGUGAUCACAAUCUCUUUGCUCGAGAUUGUUCAGGAUCCACAGGCGAGUGGCGCUCUUGAACUGCUCGACAUGGCAACCGGCAAACAGCUCGCCUUUUGGCCAGUCGUGAAAGCCACCGACGACAAGUUCCAGUCACCACCACGACACAUCAACAAUGUUACCAUGACAUCGCAGUUGUUCGGCCAGAACGGAGAUGGUGGCGGACGCCGAGGUAUGCUUUGGCAGGGCGUCAGUUCAUGGAGUAGUCACAUGAUCGUGCGCUUCACUUGGCGGAAACCGCGUCACCUCGGCGAGUGUAGCCGAUUCAGGCGAUGCGUUAGAAUGCUGUUCCAGAUCAGCGUUGGCUCUAGUAAGUUGUAG